UCCGUCAACCUCAGCAGUUUUCUACUCAUAUGCUUGCUUGUCUUGCUGAUUCACCACAGCUUGAUACCUUCCCUCCUACAAUCAAAAUGUCAGGAAGCCAGUAUGUACACACCAGAGAGUUCAAAGUCUGUGUGCUGAACAAGUAUAGGUGGAAACUUGGAAACUGGAAAUGCCCUUUCCUGUAUUUUUUUUUUCUUAGUCAUUUGUGGAAUACCAAAUAAACAGUUUUCCAUCUUUAGUAAGUUACCUCAAAUCACGACUGAAAUCUGCCUCCAUCAGUUGUGCUCUGUAGGCCCAAGUGUUUACCUGGAGUUUUCCUCCUUCUCAGUUUCUUAAGACUUUCUGAAUCCAGACUGCAUAACAAGAGCAUUAAUAAGAGGAAAAUGUUAGCGGGCACCAGCAAAUAGAUGUGGGUUUUGAAUGGCGUCCUUAAGACUCCUCCUGUGCUGUGUGGAUUCUGGGAGAGGGACAGAAAAACCCUUUCCAGAUGGAGGCCCAGGUCCACCAACAUGACCAACCAAGCCUGUCUCUUGUUGGAUGAGCAAGACCUCUGGGGAGUUCUUGAACCAGAUCAACCCUAACAGUCGAUUUAAACGUCCUGCAUUCAGACUUCAAAUGUGACUAAGGCUGGCUUGUGGCUGGACUGCUUAACCAGGGAGAAAUUCUGAACCCAGGCGUCAGGUGGUGGUUCUGGGACUUGACUCCCAGAAGCUCCCCUGGGAACCUGCACUUUUCUUCCCAGGAUAAUCCUGUAUGUAGUCAGAGCUCCACUUGGCCCCUCUGUCCUCUCAUCUCUGGGAGGUGAGGGCACUGCACCCUGUCCUUGAAUGUGUACACCUCUGCUGUCCUUGAAUAUUGGCUUGUGAUUGUUUUCAUCAGGUCCUGGAAUUUUUAGGGGUGUAAAUCAGGAACCUACCUGGACUGGGUUGAGGUCAUGCUACCGCCUUGGAGGGACCUCCUUGCCCCCUGUCCAAUGACACUUGGGUGCUUCUGAGCAUCUUCCUGUGUGUGUGUUACCCUCAUUUUCACCAUUGCAGGUAAAAGCUGUGGCAUCAAGCGUUUCAGGCUUUCCCUAUCUCAAGGUCACCACCUAAACAGGACCGGUCUUCCAGGACCCACGGAAGGCUGCAGGAAGCAUCUUCCUGCUUCCUGCUGCUAGUGACUCCUGGAGCUCCCUGCAGGCAAGCAGCCCUCUCCAGUUCUCUCUGCACCCUCUGUCUCCUGUGAUCCCACUCAGGUGGUCAAGGUCCAUUCUACAAGUAGGUCUCAUUUUCAGGUUCCAGGUAGACCUGUAUCUGGGACUGCCCUCCCCCAUGCAAGCCCCUCAGAUGUGCCCUGUUGGAGGCACUGCCUCAGGAGCUCAGGUCUCCUGUCCUGGAGGCUGGCUCUCUCACCAUGGCCAACUGCCCCUGCACGCACUUCCUGGCAGACCUGUAGAUUUUCUCUCUGAUGGGUGAGAAACGCAGGCUCAGCCACCUCACUUUGCUUUCUCCUGCUUCCUGGUCCAUCUGAUCAGGUUUCAUCCGCUUACUGACCACAGAGUCUUCCUCUCCUGCAAAUAAGCUGCCUGGGUGCCUUGCCCAGCUUCCAUGCUAUCUGUCUCUCAUUGAGUCCCAGAAGUCUCUCUAUGUCCAGAUCCUAGAUCUGUGCAGCGUGUGUGUGUAAGAGUGUCUUCCAGUUUGUGGCUUCUAUUUUCAUCUUUGAAGUGUCUGUGGGCACAUCUUUUUAGCUUUUUAUCUGUAGUUCUCCUUUAUUUUUAUACCUUGUUUGUGGAGUUCCUUUAAAAAGAUACUUUUUUUUUUUAUUUUGGCAUUUUUUUGUUUGUAAGUCGUGACAUUGUGAACUGGUUUUAUUUCAUCUUAAUACAGAGGACUGGUUAUCUCAGAAUGCCUUGUUGUGUGGUGUGCCUUGAUGUUCAGAUAAUUUCGAAUACAAAUGCCUCAUCCUAUUGCUAUCCUCCCAACAUGCCUCCUCUAAGCAGAAGACACUUUGAUGGCAAUGCCCAGCAGCUCUAAACAUGGCUAGUAUUUUUGGAAAGCAUAUGGACAACAUAAAAACUUUAAGGAAUAGGCAUGUGGCUCGGUGGUAGAGCACCUUGAGAUUGUUGGACAUUUUCCUUAGCAGUUCUAACUUAAGAGUGUGUGCCAAGAUGAUUACUACCCAGCGCAGGCGUCUGUGACAGCCAAGGCAGUAAUGGCCUGCAUGUGUAGUGCAGGAACCUUCCAGGUGCACCUGGGAAGGGGACUGAGCAUUGGUGAGAUUAGCAGCAGGGGCCUCUUUCCUCACAUUUUUUGGACUUUUAGCUUUAUAAUGCACUUGGACCAUAACUUCAGGUUUUUCCCCAAAGACCUUUGUCUCCUGUCACUUUGACAUUGACCUGAGGCUCUGUCUUUGUCAUACAUGUUCUUGCAUGUAUCUGGGUCACUUCUGGGUUUUCUGCCUGGUGAAGCUGGUUCUGCCUGGGCUUGUGUCCACUGCAGGGCACUGAGAUGAGACCUCUUCAUAUGCUCCAGCUUUGGGUGGAACUGGCCCUCACUGUUCUCCUUGUACAGUUUUCCCCAGCUCCUCUUGCUUCUUUAUCUUUCCAUGUGAAUCUGAGAAUUAGUAUGUUUAGUUAAAAGAAACUUGUGGUACUUAAAAGAUAGAUUUGACUUAAUUAAAGAAAAAAAGUGGAGAAGACCAUCACAAAAGACAGAUGGGAAACAGACUCCAGAGAAAGGUGAGUCCCCUUAGUGUAGGAGUCAGUAAGAAACUGUGUCCACAGGACUGUGUCCCCUGUGGGUGGACAUGAAGUAUGAAAGCACUCAACAGCAAUGGAGAGGUGGCCUUGACUGCUCACUGUGAGGACCCAGGAAGUGCACACUGAGCUCUUGCCAGGACAAAGAAGCUGGAAUACACAAAAUCCAUGAUGCAAAGAUCUUUUACAACUAAAUAAAAUAGAAAACAAUCCACUUUUUAAAAUGAGCAAAUUUUUAGCACUUGCUACAAGAUACAAAAAUAAGCAUAAGGAAGUGUUCAACACCAUCAAUUGUGGGAAAUAAAAACAAUGCACAAUGAAAUUCAUGGAAAUAACUCAUUUACAAGACUGGCCAUGCCAAGGCUUGGUGAGGAUGUAGAGUGCUAGAACUCUCCCAAAUUUCUAGUAGACAUGUGAGAGGAUCUCGGAUAGCCUCCUUGGCAGCUAGCAUGUGCUUGCCCUAUAAACAGGGAUCUUGUGUCUAGGUAUUUGUCCAAGAGAAACACAACAUCUGUGCACAAACUUUCAUGGGAAUAUCUACCAGUUUCAUUUGGAAUAGCCCAAAACUGGGGAGGCCCCGGCAAAGGGAGGGCAGGAGGAAAAGUUCCCACAGGUCAGGUGCCCUCUGACCAGGAGGAGGGUGAACUUCUGAUCCACAUGGUGACAUCACAGGUAGCGUCAAUCCUGCAGUGAGUGAGAUCAGCAGUGGAGAAGGAGACGCGCUCCACUCCAUCUGUGUAGUGUUCUGCACAGACAAAAACUGCCAUAUGUGACAGAGAUUGGAGUGGCUCUUACCUGUGGCUGGGAGAGGCUGUCUGACUGCAAAACUCAGGAAGGAUGUGGCUGUAGGAGAGAAGUGUGAUACACGCUCCUUAUGCUGCCCUGAAAACAUAGGUGAAUUCCAUUCUGGAAGGUGCAUCUCAGAGGUAAUUGGAAGAGCCUGCAGCAAUAGCCAGUGUAUCAGCCAUUCUGAAGUAAAAGCUGGGAGAAAGUGAAAGGUGCCACGACAUACGGGUGGCAUGAUGCCGAAGGGGGAAAAGGACACAUCACACCAUAUGCAUUUUAUCCUGCUUGCACAAACUCUGAAAACAUUCCUCUAAGCCAGAUGCCAUGGGGCACACCUGUAAUCCUAGCAGCUUGGAAGGCUGAGGCAGGAGGAGCAUGAGUUCAAAGCCAGCCUCAGCAAAUGUAAGGCGCUAAGCAACUCAGUGAGACCCUGUCUCUAAAUAAAAUUCAAAGUAGGGCUGGGAUGUGACUCAGUGGUUGAGUGCCCCUAAGUUCAAUCGCUGGUACCCUCCCCCUCAAAGUAAUUCCUCUACCCAAACUAGUCUCACUGAUGAUUCACAGACUUGACGCUGCACUGUGGAGUCUUGUUGAUGCUCCUGUGUUGACCCAGAAAACCAAAUUGACUUCUCAACAGAACGAAGCUCCAAUAUGACCCAACUCAGUUUCCAGUUUUAAAAUGUAUUGCAUACAGUAAGCAUGCCAGAUGCCCAAAUGCAUCACAUUACUUCAGGAGAAAUACGAGUGUUUUGCUGGAUCAAAGGACUCUUUCCCUGGGCCAUUGGAUCGUCCUGUCUGUCUGAGCGUCCUUUGGCAUGCAAGUUGUACCAGAGACAAUAUGUGCAGGGGUGCCUUCACCUUGCCAGUGAAUAACCCUAUACCUUCCAAUCUGAAAUCAGAAGCAAAGAAGGCUGCUAAAAUCCUAAGAGAAUUCACGGAAAUAACUUCUAGAAAUGGACCUGAUAAGAUCAUUCCUGCCCAUGUGAUUGCCAAAGCCAAAGGCCUUGCCAUUCUGUCUGUGAUCAAAGCUGGGUUCCUGGUGACUGCCAGAGGAGGCAGUGGGAUCGUCCUGGCCCGCCUUCCAGACGGAACGUGGUCUGCACCUUCAGCCAUCGGGAUAGCUGGGCUUGGCGGGGGAUUUGAAAUAGGAAUCGAGGUAUCGGAUCUGGUGAUAAUUCUGAACUAUGAUAGAGCUGUUGAAGCUUUUGCGAAAGGUGGGAAUCUGACGCUUGGAGGGAACUGUACUGUGGCUGUUGGGCCCUUGGGAAGGAACCUGGAAGGAAAUGUGGCCCUGAGGAGCUCUGCAGCUGUCUUCACAUACUGCAAGUCCAGGGGACUCUUUGCAGGCAUCUCUCUAGAAGGGAGCUGUCUAAUUGAAAGGAAAGAAACUAACCGGAAAUUCUACUGCCAGGACAUUCGAGCCUGUGACAUCUUAUUUGGAGACGUGCCACGACCUGCACAAGCCGAAGAUCUUUAUGAGAUUCUUGAUUCCUUCACCCAGAAGUACGAGAGUGAGGCGCAGCGUGCCAACGCCAGGAGAGCAGCCAGGGAGCUACACAAGGCUAAGGAAUUACCUCCAAAGCCGUCCUCAAGACCACAGGGGUCAUCUGCAGCAGCCCAGCCAAGCUCCAGCUCUCAAAGUAACAGAAAUGAACAUAAACUGUAUCCUGAGCUUUCCAGCUACCAUGAGACAGUUGGCGGUUCAAAUCAGCCAAUAGAAGUGACAGCGCUGUAUUCUUUUGAAGGACAGCAGCCGGGAGACUUGAAUUUCCAAGCUGGAGACAAAAUCAUAGUUACAUCAAAAACUGAUUCACAUUUUGAUUGGUGGGAAGGAAAUCUUCGUGGCCAAACUGGCAUUUUUCCAGCCAACUAUGUAACCAUGAAUUAAAGUUUUGUUAUUUUCUCCCUUGAUAAUUACAAUUA